AUGGAAGCUGGUAAACUACACGAGAGGAACGCAUCCCUCGGGGAAGCAAAAGAUCGGCUUGAGCAGCUAACGGAGGUGGCUGGGAGCUUCCGCCUUACACAGCGAGAAAUCGAAGAAAAUCAACCCGAUCCAGAUGCAGUUGCAUCGGUACACAAUUAUCGAGAGGAAUUUACUGCGCAAUAUUAUCAGGCGAAAAACAUUUUGGAAGAGUAUAUUGCGCAGUUGGAGGAACAUAAUCUAGAAACGAACUCGGUGGCCAGUGAUAGGACGGUUGUUGAUACAUGUCAAGACCUGAAGGAGGCCAUGAAGAUGUUGAUUGAAGUGCAGCGAGCGAUGCUGCUGAGUCAGUCGGCAACAAACAACAAUGCAAACCAAUUGUCAGGGCAGUUAGCGAAUGAUCAAGCUGGAGGAGAACAGGUAUCGAAUCGUUCACCUUUUUCAAACGUUAGGCUACCACCGAUAAAUGUACCUACGUUCAAUGGAGAGAGGAAGCAUUGGAUAUCGUUUAGAGACAUAUACGAAACCACAAUUCAUUCGCGAAAUGAUCUGAAAGAUUCUCAUAAAAUGCAAUAUUUGAUGUCGUAUCUCGAAGGAGAUGCACGACGUUUGAUAAGUUCUUUUGCUAUUUCGGAUGCUAACUACGGUGAAGCAUGGACAGCGUUAACAAACUUUUACGAUAAGAAAAAAUACACAGUGUUCGCUCUUGUUCGUGAGUUCGUGGACCAGCCAGCCAUAGUUUCUGCCACCUCCAGCAACCUACGCAAAAUCGUCACCACAUCGGAUGAGGUCAUUCGUCAACUAAACGCACUUGGUGAUGUGUACAACACUCGUGACCCAUGGCUGAUUUAUUUUCUUCUGGAAAAGUUAGACAAGGAUACUCGUUCUUUGUGGGCGCAAAGAAUUGUCGAUAUAGAGAAUCCAUCAUUUGACGAAUUUCUAAAGUUUCUGGAUGAUCGUUGUGAUGCUUUGGAAACAUGUACGGCGUUUUCUAAGAAGUCUGGUGUUGAUAGUAUAAAAAAGGAAAAUUUCAAAAAAAGUCUUCCAGUGGAGCGGAAGUAUCAUUCAUUACAUACAUCGACGGUUGCAGAAAAGUGCGCGAAAUGCUCUAGUGAGCAUCCGAUAUUUCAAUGUGAAGAAUUUAAAAAAAUGGAUUUGCAAGGAAAACGUGAACUUGCACAAAAAGCGAGGUUGUGUUAUAAUUGUUUGCGAUCAUCGCACAAUGUGAAGCAAUGCUCUUCAAAGUCAGUGUGUCAUAACGCAAAUUGCAAAAAGCGACAUCAUACGCUUUUAUGUCCAGCAGGUGUUGUCGAUUAUAAACGGCCAGAUAACAAUAAGGAAGCGAAACCGUCUACAGAAGAAACAGAACCUGUAAUCAAUACUUUGAUGGCGCAGGUGCCAAAAGACGUAAAAUUGGUGCCGAUAUUGCCAACAGCAGUUAUCCGUGUACGAAACGCUCAUGGUAUUCUGGGACACGCUCGAGCGCUGAUAGAUUCGGGAUCCGAGGCUUCAUUGAUUACGGAGCGAUGUGUGACUAAGCUCGGUCUGCAGCGUACCAAUGGAAAGUUUGUGGUUUCUGGUCUUGGGCAGCAACAAACUGGAACUACACGGGGCAUCGUUAAACUUGCAUUAGCCAACCGAUUCAGUGACACGGUUCUUUUGCAAACGAAGGCUUUCGUAAUGGGUAAACUGACGUCUACACUACCGGCUCAAAGUUUAAAAGUCAGCGCAAAUCUCUUGGACAAGCGAGUACAGGAGCAUUUAGCUGAUCCGGGUUUCAACCAACCAGGACCAAUAGACAUAAUUUUGGGAUCAGAUGUUUUUCUUGCGCUUUUAGCACCAGGCCAAGUCAAAGACAACUCUGGAUUUCCCAUAGCGCAGAGCACCAUAUUUGGAUGGAUUGUGUCUGGGAAUCACGCAAUUUGCACUCCUGGAAUUAAUGCCAAUCUAUCAGUGAUAAAUCUGCACACAGAAAUUGAUCUUAACCGUACUUUACAGAAAUUCUGGGAAAUAGAGGAAAUGCCAAACCAAAAACAGUAUACUCCAGCAGAAAAGAAAGCAUUGGAUUUUUUUUCACACUCUCACGAGAUAAGUCAGGACGUUUCAUGGUACGACUUCCUUUCGACGAUUCGAAACCAAAUUCAGGAAAAUCCCUCCCUGCAGCUCUCAGGCGGCUUGUGGCAAUGGAGCGACGUUUUCAUACGGAUUCAGAGUUUGCAAAGCAGUAUUCAGAAUUUCUUACCGAGUAUCUUGCAUUAG